AUGCAUAGCCGUCCAGUCAUCGCCAUUGCCGGGCUUGCUUGUGAAACCUCGACCUUCACGCCCUCGAAGACUCUGGCGCCAGCGUUCCAUCCACAGCGCGGGCAUGAAGUUAUUCAGGAAUAUGCCUUUUUACACCCCGGCACUUCUCUUGCCAAUAUUGCCGACUGGCGUGGUGCUCUUAUCGGCCACGCCCUUCCCGGCGGAAUAGUCACUCGCCCCGCAUUCGAAGAGCUCGCAGGAGAAAUCCUAUCACGGCUCAAGGAUAUCGUGGCGUCUACUCCACGUCUCGAUGGCUUGUGGUUUGAUAUUCACGGCGCCAUGUGCGUGGAGGGCCUCGAUGACGUCGAGGCAGAGCUGCUCCGUCGCAUUCGCGCAGUUAUUGGACCAGAUGUCGUCGUGUCGGCAUCCAUGGAUUUACAUGGAAACGUAUCGCGCGAGCUUGCUCACCAGACCGAUUUGAUAACAUGUUAUAGAAUGGCACCGCACGAGGAUGAAUUGGAAACCAAAGAGCGUGCCUGUCGCAACCUUGUGGAUCUGCUCACAAAACAACAUUCAUCAAGAAACAACCGUCUGCGGCCCUUUAAAGCUUGGAUCCCUCUCCCAAUUCUACUUCCAGGCGAACAAACCUCCACGCGAGUGGAACCAGCCAAACACAUAUACGCCGCGGUUUCACGUGUCGAAGCCAUGGCUGGCGUUAUAGAUGCUGCAAUAUGGGUCGGCUAUGCUUGGGCCGAUGAAGCUCGAAAUAGAGCCAUUGUCAUGGCGACGGGUUGGGACAAAGCCGCUGUUGCAGCUGGUGCAGAAAAACUGGCCAAGCUCUUCUGGGACGCACAUGCUGAUUUCAAAUUCGUUGGCCUAGCUGGAAGCUUCAAGAUGUGCCUUGAUACGGCUCUUGCAUCUUCCUCUCGCCCAUAUUUCAUUUCAGAUAGCGGGGAUAACCCUACAGCAGGUGGGAGCGGCGAUAUGACAUGGGGCUUGACCAAGUUACUAGCUCGACCAGAGUUCAAAGAUGCUUCGAGUCCUACCGUCAUAUAUGCAAGUGUUCCGGGUCCAAGAGCUGUCGAAACUGCUGUGGCCGCCGGCGUUGGAGCAACAGUAACAGUGACUGCAGGUGCGGAGGUUGAUAACAUCCAUGCCGGUCCUAUUACCAUGACUGGGCGUGUACAUUCCAUCAAACACGGUGACAAAAAUGCUGGUAUUGAAGUCGUCUUACAAGUAGGAAGCGUCUUCGCUAUUCUGACGAAGCUGCGUAAACCGUAUCACAAGGAACACGACUUUACUGAUCUUGAUCUCCAACCACGCUGUGCUGACAUUGUUAUUGUUAAGAUUGGCUAUCUAGAACCAGAACUAUAUGCCAUGGCAGCGGACUGGAUGCUUGGUCUCACCCCUGGUGGCGUUGACCAAGACUUGAUUAGGCUUGGCCAUCGUCGAAUCCGCCGGCCAAUGUGGCCGUUUGAUACUGACUUCGAGCCUCGCCCAAAUAUAAGUGCGAGAUUUAUUCCAUUAUCGCAUGAGCCUCUAACUGGCCCAGAUGAGUGA